CAGAAGUCUUCCAUUUAUGUCAUUUUGCAAUUGCAAAUUUACGAACAAAGACUUUUUAAGAAGUGUACUCUACUAGCAGACUUAUGAGAAGUCUUCGUUUAUAAAUAUUUCCUUACUUUUAUAUUUGAAUUUUUUUCGAUAAUCCCAAAGGAGACUUUUAGAGAAGUUUUGGUGGAAGACUUAGAAGUCUGCUUUUAUAACCAAAGGUUUGACCAUAAUCAUUGAAUAAGACUCAAGUAGACUUCUUGAGAAUUUUUCCGCCAUAACUUCUCAAGAAGUCUUCUUUUGUAUUACCGAAAAAAUUCAAAUACAAAAGCAAACCUAUAUUUACAAAGGAAUACUUUUCAGAAGUCUGCUAGUAGAUCAGACUUUUUAAGAAGUCUUUUGGCGGAAAACUUUUCAAGAAGUCUUCUAAUUACUAUUGAAUUUUUAAUUCUUUAUCGUCAAUUGAAAAACUAACCUACUGAAACUUCUUGACAGAUUUCGAAGACUUCAUCUAAGUGUAAGACACUUGUCCAAAAGUAUUUUGGUAGUAGACUUGUCUGGAAGUAUUCUAUGAAAAGUUAAAUAUAUGCAAAACUUCGGUCAAGUGCAAAACUGACCUACUUAUCAGAGAAAUCGUUUUCUUUUUUUUCGUUACCAAGAAAAGUUAGAAGACUACUCUAGAAGUCUUAUAUAAGAAACACACAAAAUAGUCAGUUAAAAAACUAACAUAUGCAUUGACCAGAAGAGAGAAGUCUUCUUCGCGAAACAAAUCUGAAAAAAAUCAAAUAUCAUUCUUAGAUCCAGUACGAUUCAUGUUUAGCUUCUUCAAGCACACAUAACUUCUUAAUGAAAGUUAUCCAUUCGUUAGUGACGAAGAAAUAUGAACUUGAGUAACUCCAAUAAGCUUAUAAAUUUUGAAAUCAAAGAUUUGAGAUUUUGGAAUGAAAUGAGACAGAAAGUGAAAGAGAAAUGGUUUGUUUCGGGACAGAGGCGACGAGGGUGAAUGGGUGUAUAAGAAAUGAGGAUAUGAAGAUGUAGAUGUCAGUAUUAGGUACGUUUAGAGCUUGAAAUUGGUGGUUCAUGGAGGUUGGUGUAUUGAUGAUAAUGAUAAUGUUAUAAAUAAAAGAAGAAUAUGAAGAUGAUGGAGUAAAAUAACUAUUUUCGAAAAAUGGUAUUUUCGUGAACAAUUUGAACUUCUAGGGUGAAUAGGACAAAUAAAAAUUCCAAAACAAAUAUGUUGCUUUCGGGGUUAACUUCAAGUUUUAGAAUAUAUUUGCAAACCCCCAACAUUUAAUUAAAAACAACUUUAAUAAAUUAAUACAAAAUUUACAAAUUUUCAAUGGCAUAUUUUGUAGUAUCCCACAUAAAACUAAGGUUAAUUUUAAAGUGUACAUCUUUUUUUUUGUCGAUUGUAUUAUUAAGCCUUUUAGGCAAUGAGAACUACCAAAAUAAAUAUAGGAAAGGGAUACACUAGUAGGGCUCCAAAGUAAACUAACACAAAUCUAUCUUGCGUGUGGAGACCAAAGAUUUUUCAUAUAAAAGCCCCAUUUUUGCUUCCGGAAUAGUUGAAUCUCAAGGGAGAUAAUCUUCAUAUUAAUCCUAAAACACCACGUUUCAAAUUGAAUUGGGAACGAUUGCCACUUUCUUUUCAAUACUCCACCAUCCGCAGUAGAUCUGUUAAUUAUUUUUUCUUAACGGUUCAAUUGAACCGAAAUUUUUGUCUUACAAAAUCUAUUGGAAGAAACAUACAAAAAACAAUAAAAACGGUUGCAAAAAUUUAAAAUAAAUUGACAAUCAAAUAAAUCAAGUGAUAGAAAGACAAAUCAAAGAAAAAGAAGCAAAGCGAAUCAAUCAAGCCGAUGUCGGAGCUAUAGAAACCUCCGGCCAUCGGCUUGAAACAUAAAUUCAAAAAUAAUUGUCGUAGUUUUGUUUUUUUCCUCUUCUGUAUCUGUGUUAGGUACUUAAAAUACCAACAUUAUAUUCGCACUUGAAUAUUCAUAAUUCAUAUAGAUAAAAGGAGGAAGUUAUAAAACAGAGAAAAUUCAAUUCAUUACCAAAGAAGACAAUACAAUUAGAUAGUCAAGUCACUGAAUAAAAAAAAAAGAGAUGGUUCUGCUUCCGAAGCCUCUCAUUUUCCUACACGAUUUAUCUCUCGCCCUCUUCACGGUAAUGUUCCACGAAGAAGGUCUUAAAGCAUCCGUGGAUGGUGUGGGGCUAAGCAUGUACACUAUGUGGAAUUCUAUGAGGAGUACACUCAUAGUUCCAGUGUUCAGGUGUUUAGUGGCUUUGUGUUUGAUCAUCUCAGUCUUAGUUUCCAUAGAAAGUGUUUACAUGAAUCUCGUAAUCCUCUACGUCAAGUUGUUUGGCCGCAAACCAGAGAAAGUCUACAAAUGGGAGGAAAUGCAGAAAGAUAUGGAGCUAGGUCACCAAAACUACCCAGUGAUUCUUAUCCAAAUCCCAAUGUACAACGAACGAGAGGUAUUUGAAUUAUCUAUAGGUGCUGCAUGCAGACUAAUGUGGCCAUCGGAUCGACUAAUCGUUCAAGUUUUAGACGAUUCCACUGAUCCGGACAUCAUGGAACUGAUAAGCACGGAGUGUGCAAAAUGGGCAAAAGACAUAAACAUAAAAUAUGAAAGGCGAGACAACAGAAAUGGCUAUAAAGCUGGAGCUCUGAAACAUGGCAUGAGGCACAGUUACGUCAAGCAAUGCAACUAUGUAGUCAUCUUUGAUGCUGAUUUCCAGCCGGAGACGGAUUACCUUCAGCGCACUAUCCCAUUUCUUAUCCACAACCCUGAGCUCGCUCUCGUCCAAGCCCGGUGGAAAUUUGUGAACGCGAACACAUGUUUGUUGACAAGGAUGCAAGAGAUGUCGCUCAACUACCAUUUCAUGGCAGAGCAGCAAUCUGGAUCCACGAGACAUGCUUUCUUUGGCUUUAAUGGAACGGCGGGAGUAUGGAGAAUCGCAGCGAUGGAAGAAGCCGGAGGAUGGAAAGACCGGACGACAGUAGAGGACAUGGACUUGGCAGUUCGUGUUGGUCUUCUUGGCUGGAAGUUUGUUUUCAUAAAUGAUGUCGAGGUGAAAAGCGAGCUACCAAGCCAAUUCAAGGCCUUUAGAUUCCAGCAACACCGGUGGUCUUGUGGUCCAGCAAAUCUCUUCCGGAAAAUGACGAUGGAAAUUAUUCACAACCAGAGAGUAAAGAUCUGGAAGAAGUUUUAUGUGAUCUACAGCUUUUUUUUCCUAAGGAAGAUCAUGAUUCAUUCCUUCACUUUCUUCUUCUACUGUGUCAUUCUUCCUAUAAGUGUAUUUGUUCCCGAAGUCAAAAUUCCAAAUUGGGCAACUAUAUACGUUCCUUCUGUCAUCACCCUUCUCAGUGCCAUUGCCACCCCGAGAUCAUUCUACCUCUUGAUUUUUUGGGUCUUAUUCGAAAAUGUAAUGGCUAUGCACCGGGCCAAGGGAACACUCAUUGGCUUAUUCGAAGGUGGGAGAGUUAAUGAAUGGGUUGUCACCGAGAAAUUAGGAGAUUCUGUUACCACUGAGCUACUCCCUCAGUCGCGAAAGCCUCGCUACGGAUUUCUCGAAAGAGUAAAUUCAAAAGAGAUGGUGAUGGGUAUAUAUAUAUUGUGUUGUGCAUGCUACGACUUUUUCUUCGGAAACGCAUUUUUAUAUUUAUAUCUCUUGAUGCAAGCUGCAGCCUUUCUCAUCUCCGGAGUUGGUUUUGUUGGAUCUUAACGGUCUCAUUUGAAAAUAGUCUACUGCUAGACACUCAUAGUAAAGAAAGAACGUGAUAGUCAUUCUCAUGUACUGAUAUAUGUGUAAUAAUUUGUCUAAAAUGUGAUAAUGUAUAAUAUUAUUAUUUGGUUUCCAACAACAUUUUCAAGUUCCAA